AUGAACGGCGCUCUGCUGACUCCUCCCAGCCCACGCGCGGCCGGCUCCUCCCCGCUGCCUCCCUCGCCCUCCCCCUCCCCUCCCUCCCCCUCCUUGCUACCCCUGAUACCCCGCCCCUCCCCGCUGACCCCUCCCACUCUGUCGGACACGCCCACGCCGUCACCCUCGCCGUGCCUGAGCUGGACGGACUUCUGCGAGCUGCAUGCGCGCGCGGCGGCGGGCGACUUUGCGCGUCACUUCCGGGCGUUCCUCCUGGAGAACCCGCACUACUCCAGCGACUCGGCCACUGCCUUCUGCCGCCGCUUCACCGACCGCUUUGUGCGAUACUUCCAGAGCGAGCUGCAGGGGGCGCCAGCGAGCAGCACAGCCAGCCGCGAUGAGACGCUCUGCUCCUGGGCUCCUCAGUCUGAUGCCACAUCUCUGGAUGAAGAUGAGGCUCUGUCGCCGCUGUGCUCGGCCGCUCCUCGCGUGGUGUCGAAGCCGCCGUGUAGCUCCGCCCCCACGCAGCCCGCCUCCUCCUCCUCCUCCUGCUGCUCCUCUGUGGGCGGGAACAACGGGAGGCGCAUGCUCAACAACGGUGCUGUGGCCGCGGAGGAGCGAGAGGAGCGCGAGGACGAAGCAUGGGUACGAUCCACGUCUGCGGGAGAGGAGGUGCUGGAGCAGGAGGACAGCAGCUCGCUCAACCACAACAGUUCUAAAGGGAAUGGUUCAAAGCGACUGAAGAAGAGGUUCUCUCUGAGGAGCAUGGGUCGUAGCGUCAGAGGAAUCCUGCACUGGAGGAGCACAUCCAGCGAGCUACCACAGAGCUACAGCUACACCAUGGGCACACAGGUACCAUGGGGGAGGGGCUACAGCUACACCAUGGGCACACAGGUACCAUGGGGGAGAGGGCUACAGCUACACUAUGGGGACACAGGUACCAUGGGGGAGGGGCUACAGCUACACCAUGGGCACACAGGUACCAUGGGGGAGGGGCUACAGCUACACCAUGGGCACACAGGUACCAUGGGGGAGAGGGCUACAGCUACACUAGGGGACACAGGUACCAUGGGGGAGGGGCUACAGCUACACUAUGGGGACACAGGUACCAUGGGGGAGGGGCUACAGCUACACUAUGGGGACACAGGUACCAUGGGGGAGGGGCUACAGCUACACUAUGGGGACACAGCUACACCAUGGGCACACAGGUACCAUGGGGGAGAGGGCUACAGCUACACUAUGGGGACACAGGUACCAUGGGGGAGGGGCUACAGCUACACCAUGGGCACACAGGUACCAUGGGGGAGGGGCUACAGCUACACCAUGGGCACACAGGUACCAUGGGGGAGAGGGCUACAGCUACACUAUGGGGACACAGGUACCAUGGGGGAGGGGCUACAGCUACACUAUGGGGACACAGGUACCAUGGGGGAGGGGCUACAGCUACACUAUGGGGACACAGGUACCAUGGGGGAGGGGCUACAGCUACACUAUGGGGACACAGGUACCAUGGGGGAGGGGCUACAGCUACACUAUGGGGACACAGGUACCAUGGGGGAGGGGCUACAGCUACACUAUGGGGACACAGGUACCAUGGGGGAGGGGCUACAGCUAGACUAUGGGGACACGGGUACCAUGGGGGAGGGGCUACAGCUACACUAUGGGGACACAGGUACCAUGGGGGAGGGGCUACAGCUACACUAUGGGGACACAGGUACCAUGGGGGAGGGGCUACAGCUACACUAUGGGGACACAGGUACCAUGGGGGAGGGGCUACAGCUACACUAUGGGGACACAGGUACCAUGGGGGAGGGGCUACAGCUAGACUAUGGGGACACGGGUACCAUGGGCGAGAGAGCUACAGCUACACUAUGGGGACACAGGUACCAUGGGGGAGGGGCUACAGCUAGACUAUGGGGACACGGGUACCAUGGGCGAGAGAGCUACAGCUACACACAGUUGAGAAGGGUUAGACUACAGAAAUAA